AUGGAGGAUCAGACGGAUGAGGAUUUCUUUGAUAAGUUAGUUGAUGAUGAUUUUGGGCCCACUAAUUUGGAUUCGGGCCCUAAGUUCACCGAGGGAAGUGAUUCUGAUGAGGCGAAAGCCUUUGCCAAUCUCAGUACUGAGGAUACAAAAGUUGGAUUCGAAGGAAAGAGUGAAAUUGAUUCGGUGGAUGAUGGUGUAGGAUUGGAUGGUGUGAAGGCGGAAGAGAGUAAUGCAUUGGAGUCAUUUAAUUCGCUGGGGUUGUCUGAUGGGGUGAUUGAGUCCAAUAAUGAUGGGAUUGGAUCAGAGGUUGUGGCCGAAACUGUAGUUAGUCAAAGCAGUGGAUCCCUGAAAUCAGGGGUUAAGGAAGUGGGGUGGGGUUCGUUUUAUGCAGAUUCUCAGCAGAAUGGGAAUCAUGGGUUUGGUUCUUCCUCUGAUUUUUUUAAUGAUUUUGGAGGCGGUUCAGAGGAUUUUCCUGCUAAUAUAGUGCAAAGUGUUAGUAUUGUAGAGAAUAGGGCUGGUGGAGGGUUGAAUAAUUCUGCCAGUCUAGAGCAAUAUCAAGACGGUGCACAGGUUUAUGGAGGAUCAGUGACGGAGAGUGUGAAUGAGCAGGAUUUGAAUAGCAGUCAGUAUUGGGAAAACAUGUAUCCUGGAUGGAGGUAUGAUGCAAACACUGGGCAGUGGCUUCAAGUGGAUGCUUUUGAUGCUACAGCAAAUGUGCAAGGGAGUGUUGAUGGUGCUUCUGGGGGUGAAUGGGCUUCGGCUUCGAAAACAGAGGUUAACUAUUUGCAGAAGACUUCUCAGUCUGUGGUGGGAACUGUGGCUGAGACUAGUACAACUGAGAGUGUGUCUAGCUGGAAUCAGGCUUCCCAAGAGAAUAAUAAUGGUUACCCUGAACAUAUGUUUUUUGACCCACAAUAUCCUGGCUGGUAUUACGACACAAUGCUGGGAGAAUGGCGCUCACUGGAAAGUUACACAUCAACUGCACAAUCAACAAUUGUUCAAACUAAUGAUCAGCAGAGUCAAAAUGGAUUUGCUUUUGGUGGCCCAUAUUCUGAAAAUAGUAGUAGCAGUGAGUACAGGCUGGUUGACAAGCUUGGUUCACAAGGCUAUAAUAGCCAAGGCCAACAUGGCAGCUGGGGUGAGUCUUAUGGUAGCUACAAUCAGCAGGAUUUGAAUAUGUGGCAACCUCAGACUGCUGCUAAGAAAGAUACUAUUUCGAAUUUUGGUGGAAACCAGCAAUUAGAGAAUUUAUAUGGUUCUAAUGUUUCCAUGAAUAACCACGUGGAUCAGCAGAAAGCUAUUAAUUCUUUGGGGACAGUUCCAUCAUAUGACAAAGCAAGUCAAGGUUAUGCCGAGGCUAAUGGGUUUCUUGGGUCACAAAGUUUUGUAAGUGGGAACUUCAGUCAGCAGUAUAAUCAGGGAACUGUAAAACAGAAUGAACAAGCAAACUUAUCAAAUGAUUACUAUAGCAGUCAGAAACAAGUAAGUGCCACCCAUCAAUCAUUUCAGAGCAACCAGCAGUUUUCUUAUGCACCCGACACAGGGAGAUCAUCUGCUGGGCGUCCUCCACAUGCAUUGGUUACUUUUGGAUUUGGUGGGAAGCUCAUAGUGAUGAAAGAUGUCAAUUCUCUGAAUAGCACAUCCUUUGGCAGCCAGGAUCAUGUAGGAAGCUCAAUCUCUGUUAUGAAUUUGAUGGAAGUUAUGUCAGGAAGUAGUGAUGAUGCUUCAAGUGUUGGAGGGGUGACUUGCAGUUAUUUUCAUGCGCUCUGCCAACAGUCUUUUCCAGGUCCAUUGGUGGGUGGCAGUGUUGGAAAUAAAGAAUUGAAUAAGUGGAUUGAUGAGAGAAUUGCACACUGUGAAUCGUCUGUUGUGAAUCAUAAAAAAGGUGAAGCAUUGAGGUUGCUUCUCUCUUUGCUUAAAAUAGCCUGUCAACAUUAUGGAAAACUUCGAUCGCCUUUUGGCACUGACAAUUUACUGAAGGAGAGUGAUGCUCCAGAAUCAGCAGUUGCAAAACUUUUUGCAUCUGCCAAGAGGAAUGGCACGCAAUUCAGUGAGUAUGGCGCACUUCACCACUGCUUGCAGAUUAUUCCAUCUGAAGGACAAAUUAGGAAAAAAGAGGCAUUACAAUCUGCACAAGAGGGUCAGUUGUGGGGACCUGCACUUGUUCUUGCGUCACAGCUUGGUGAUCAGUACUAUGUUGAUACUGUCAAGUUAAUGGCACUUCGCCAGCUGGUAGCUGGAUCUCCUUUGCGGACAUUAUGCUUGCUAAUAGCGGGGCAACCUGCUGAGGUAUUUUCCACAGAUGCUGCUGUACACGGUGGCUUUCCUGGUGAUUUGAGUACGCCUCAACAACCUGUGCAGUUUGGGACAAAUGGAAUGCUUGAUGAUUGGGAAGAGAAUUUGGCCGUAAUAACUGCAAACAGAACAAAAGAUGAUGAGCUUGUGCUCAUACAUCUUGGAGAUUGCCUAUGGAAGGAUAGAAGUGAGAUUACUGCUGCACACAUCUGCUAUUUAAUAGCAGAAGCAAAUUUUGAGUCAUAUUCAGACACUGCAAGACUAUGUUUAAUUGGAGCAGAUCACUGGAAGCAUCCCCGAACAUAUGCCAGUCCAGAGGCUAUUCAGAGAACCGAGUUGUAUGAAUACUCUAAGGUGCUUGGUAACUCUCAGUUUAUCCUGCUACCAUUUCAGCCAUAUAAGCUCAUAUAUGCAUACAUGCUGGCUGAAGUGGGCAAAGUCUCCGAUUCACUGAAGUAUUGUCAAGCUGUUUUAAAAUCCCUAAAAACCGGUCGUGCUCCUGAAGUAGAAACAUGGAAGCAAUUAGUAUUGUCCCUUGAGGAAAGGAUUAGAGCCCAUCAGCAGGGUGGAUACACAACAAAUUUGGCUCCAGCAAAGUUAGUUGGCAAGUUGCUCAACUUUUUGAUAGCACUGCACAUCGUGUGUCAGUCAACAAUGGCCAUGUCAUCGCUAAUACCUUCUGCCUCGAUGGAGCCCAUAAGUGAAUGGGCAGCUGAUGGCAAUAGAAUGAUGAUGCAUAACAGAAGUGUUUCAGAGCCAGACUUUGGUAGAAGUCCAAGACAGGUUGAUUCAUCUACAGAAGGAACUUCAUCCAGUGCACAAAGCAAGGCAUCAGGUUCAGCGGGGUCAUCUCGGUUUGGUCGUUUUGGUUUUGGAUCACAGCUUUUGCAGAAGACUGUGGGGCUAGUCUUAAGGCCUCGCUCGGAUAAACAGGUAGAUUGA